CUUCGGUUCAACAGAGUCGACUACCGGCCAUUUCAUCGCGUCUUUUCUCUGGACCGGAAAACCCUUCUAGCGGUCCGACUUUCUGCCCUCCUUUGAAGCGGCGAAAUGGAGCUCUCUAAUUCUCCCUGACCAACCCCACUUCCCGGAGCUCCGCCGCCGGAGAACGCAAAGCAUCGACGAGCGAGAGAGACCAAUGAUGGCCACCUCCCACUCCGUCUCCCUCCCUUCUCGCCUCGCCCUCUUCGCCCUCCUCUCCCUCUCCUCCUCUUUCUUCCUCUGGAAAUCCCGCCGUCUCCGCCGCCUCCGCCUCUCCUCCCAAAACCCUAACCCCGAUCCCAGUCCGAGGGGAAAGCUCUUCUUCGCCUCACAGACCGGAACCUCCCGAGCCCUCGCCGGCCGCCUCGCCGAACGCCUCCACGCCGCUGGCUUCCCCUUCGACCUCGUCGACCCCCGCGGCUACGAGCCGGAGGACCUCCCUAAAGAAACCCUAGUUCUUAUCGUCGCUUCGACCUGGGAGGACGGGAAGCCCCCGCCUAAUGCCGAGUUCCUCGCCCGGUGGCUCGCCGAGAGCGCCGAGGACUUCCGGGUGGGCUCCCUGCUCCUCUCCCGGUGCCGCUUCGCGGUAUUCGGUGUUGGGUCGAGGUCUUAUGGUGAGACCUUUAAUGCCACCGCGAAGGACUUCUCAAGGUGGAUGAGGGCCGUCGGAGCCACGGAGAUGCUGCCUAUUUGGGAGGGGGAUGUGGACAAUGGAGACGUGGAUGAAGUUUUCGAUUCCUGGAGUCAGAACGUUAUCGGGUUACUGAAGGGUGACGUGCGGGAGAACGGUGGGCACUUGGCUUCUACUCUGGAGAUCAAUGGCUUCGAUUCGGUAGAGGUGGAGGAGGAGGAGGAGGAGGCCAUGGAAUCAGCUGUUGUUGAUAUGGAGGACAUCGCUGGUAAAGCUCCUUCGAGGAAAUCAACUGGGGCUUUAUCUAAUGGAGGGCAAAAUGGUGACAAUGGUCUGAGAGAAAUGGUGACGCCGAUCAUUAGAACAAGCUUAGAGAAGCAGGGAUAUAAAAUUAUCGGUUCACAUAGUGGAGUUAAACUUUGCAGGUGGACCAAGUCACAACUCCGAGGUCGUGGUGGUUGUUACAAGCAUUCAUUUUAUGGCAUAGAGAGUCAUAGGUGCAUGGAAGCAACCCCAAGUCUGGCUUGUGCAAAUAAAUGUGUUUUCUGUUGGAGGCAUCAUACAAAUCCUGUUGGAAAGAGCUGGCGAUGGAAGAUGGAUGAUCCUUUAGUAAUUGUCAAUGCUGCCAUAGACCAGCAUACUAAAAUGAUUAAGCAAAUGAAAGGUGUCCCAGGUGUAAAGCAGGAACAGUUAUUAGAAGGUCUCUCUCCUAGGCAUUGUGCUUUAUCUCUGGUUGGUGAACCAAUCAUGUAUCCAGAGAUAAAUUCACUUAUUGAUGAGCUGCAUUCUAGGCAUAUCUCUACCUUCCUUGUCACAAAUGCACAAUUUCCAGAUAGGAUAAAGAUGCUGAGAUCUGUUACUCAGUUAUAUGUGAGUGUAGAUGCGGCUACAAAAGACAGCCUGAAAGCAAUUGAUAGGCCACUGUUUAGUGACUUCUGGGAGCGUUUUGUUGAUUCGUUAAAAGCUUUGCAAGACAAAGAACAGCGAACAGUUUACCGUUUAACUUUAGUUAAAGGAUGGAAUGCGGAAGAUAUAGAUGCAUAUGCGAACUUGCUGGGCAUUGGAAAACCAGAUUUAGUUGAAAUCAAAGGCGUCACAUACUGUGGCUCGUCUGCCACUUCAAAAUUGACAAUGGAGAAUGUCCCCUGGCACUCUGACGUUAAGGCCUUCUCAGAGGCUUUGGCGGUUAAAAGCAGUGGUGAAUAUGAGGUUGCUUGUGAGCAUGUCCACUCCUGCUGCGUUCUUCUAGCAAAAGCUAGCAAGUUUAAGGUCAAGGGUCAAUGGUUUACAUGGAUAGAUUAUGAACGGUUCCAUGAGCUGGUUGCUUCUGGGAAGCCUUUUAAAAGUGAAGACUACAUGGCCCUGACACCUUCCUGGGCUGUCUAUGGCGCUGAGGAAGGUGGAUUUGAUCCAGAUCAAUCUCGUUGUAAAAAGGAGAGGCGCCAUGGAGCUGCAAGCAUUAGAGGCUAGCCAAUGGCUCCCUAAAUGGCACCAGUAGCUUGGUUGGGACAUGUAAGCAAUGUUUCUAAAGCUAGCGAGUGUCAGCAAGAUCCACCAUCCGGUAUGCCUGUACUGUUUUGUUAUGGUAUUGAUUCUUUUUGUAAAUUAGAUGUGCACGAUAUAUUUUUCUAUUUAGAUGAUAAUACAAUCGAAAUGACUUUUGCAUGUACCCACCCUCUAAAGAGGAUUUUGAUCAAAUUCAAUGAUAAAAGGAGGGUCAAAAGAUGCAUCUAUUGGCAGAACCCUCUUUAAUCUAAAAUAUGGACUCACCAGGGAGAACGGACUCAUUGCUUCUGUAAAGCUUAGAGGGCUUGAUUGUUCUUGUCUGUUCCAAACAGAAUUUUUGGGAGAAAGAGUCAUGAACCAAUUGUUUAGAUAGCAGGUAAUGUAUGUGGAAUCACUCUCUUUUGUGCUAUAACGGUGGAUUCUGAUGGCUGUCCGCUACCUUGCAAUCUGUUUCUUAUUUUUUAUAUCUAAAUACCAAGUGAAAGGGCCAUUCUAUUCUUAUGUGGCCCUACUCUAUAGUAAGGAUUGGAUUGGAGGCUGCUCUCUUGCAAUGGGGACCAGCUGGGACCAACGAUCAACCUUCGUAUCUUUUGCCUAUUUGCAGCAAUUUCAGCAAGAGAUGGGCCCUAGCGUGUGCAUCGCUAGAAGCGUAUGUUGACUCGGUCGUUAGAAGACCACGGUGUAUUUUAACAAACAUGGCUACAGUAUGCUGUCACCGUUGUGUUUGGAACAUGCAUGCUCUGCCAUAUGAUUGUAUAUUACCUGUCCAUCACUGUUGUGGAGGUACUCAUCCAGAUCGUUAUCGAUAUCAGGGUUCAGGUUGCAUCUUCCGUGUAAAAGAACGAUUGAUUUUUAUUCGUGAUGUUAACUGCUGAUUGCACCUUGUAUGGGUUUUAGAGCA